AUGAAAGCUUACUUGUUUCUCAAUUUCUUCUUCUGCUGUUUUAUAAGCCUUGCCUUUGGCUUCACCAAUCCUAUCAAAACCGGAAGUGACCCACAGAUAGUAUAUCAUGGUGGCAUGUACUAUCUAACUUCUACAACGUGGACAGAUGUGAGAAUUACCGCAGCAUCCACGAUCGAUGGCCUCAAGACUGCCGAGUCAGUAGUGAUUUGGUCCGAUGUUUCCAAUCCAGACAGAGCCUGCAACUUUUGGGCUCCCGAGAUCCACAAAGUUGGCGGUCGAUGGCACGUGUACUUUACAGCAAGCAAAUGCGACCCUGACUGGGGCGUUGUUCUGCCGACUUUAAGGGUUUAUGUUCUGGAGGGAGGUCUGGAACACCCGUUGUCAAGCGAUUAUCGACUUUUAGACUCAAUUGUUCCCCCCAAUUAUAACGGAGGAAUGCUUGAUGCUACACUUUUCGACAUUGCAGACACAAGAUAUUUGCUUAAGUUUUCAUCAGUUAAUGGACCUGAAAGCCCUGAUGGAGCAUCGCUCUGGAUUGCUGAGCUCUUGUCGGCUGUUACAUGCGGCAAUGCCACCAUGAUCGCUGCUCCGGAAUACGAAUGGGAGAAGGAAGACUCCGCUGUUCUUGAGGGACCUUAUGGAAUCAACUCCCCUUCGGGGACUACUAUGGUGGUCUACUCAGCUGAUUCGUGCAGCACACCAGCGUAUAAGCUUGGCGUCAUGACGCUCACGGCAGGAGGUGACCCGCUACAACGGGCAUCUUGGGUCAAAUCUUCCGAGCCGAUCUUUGAGACUAAGAAUGGCCUCUAUGGGCCUGGUCAUAACGCGUUCUUCAAGAGUCCAGAUGGAAAAGAAGACUGGCAAGUGUUCCAUGCCAAUCUAGUGGCGACUGAUGGUUGCGGUCCUUCUCGGAAAACCUUUAUCCAGCCUGUUAGCUGGAAGGGGGAUCAGAUUGACUUGGGCGACCCUCUCCCUGUUGACACUGAGAUUAAUCCACCUUCUGGAGAGUGA